GACUUUUCUCGUAUAUUAUGAUCCGAUGUCAUUGCCAUGUCUUUUACAAUUUUAUUGGAACUCAUCUUCCCAGCAAAUAUUUAAAAAUGUAUAGCUAUUCUGAUAGAGUUUAACAGGCACAGUUCAACUCUAAAAUCAAGAAAACCUUUUGGUGCGGUGCUAAAAGUUAAAAAUCUUUAUGAAAAAAUACACUUGAUAAACUUAACAGCGAUGUCGCUUUCCAGAAGAGCUGGUUGUGAGAAGGUCAGGAAGUAUAACUCCUAAAGCACUCAGCAGCUCUUACCUAAAUAAAGUACAGUGAGGGGGUAAAAUAUGUAUUUGUGCUGACUGAUUGAAGCGUUUUACGCUGUGAGUGGGAUCCUAUUUGAAUACACAACGAACUGACACUUUCAUUAGAGUCAUAAUUAUUUCGGCUGAGAGGCGUCGCUCUUCACAGCUAUUCUGCUAUUCAGAUGCCGACUUGUUUGGUCCUGUUGCCUCAGUCUGAUUAAUAGUUAAUGGAGACAAUAAUUAAGACUUUUUUGAGGCGUUCUAAAUACUAUACAAAAAAACACUCAAUUACAGGUAGUGCUCUCAGAAAUGUACUUUAAGUAAAAGUGUUACGUAAAGAUGAUUAUUAUUAUGAUUAUUAUCAAUCAUGAAUCACCAUUAUCAAUUGCCAGCAUUUUACUGUUAUUUCACGGGGAUAUUUAUUUAGUGGGAUGUGAAAGUGAAUGAAAGCAGGGAAGCCCCGGGAUGUGAACAGGGAAAGGAGAAAGGGAGAAGAAGAGAGAGAGGGAGAGCGGGGGGAGAGGGGGGCGGAGGCGUGUCCCAGCCCUUCAGCAACUCUCCCGUGUUUUCGUCCAGCACACAGCAGCCGGUCUCGACGCAAGGACGCUCCGCUCCGGAGCAGUGCUCAGGCUAGUGACGAUCUGCCCCGGGGAGAGAGGGGAUGCCCUGGCAGGCAGCACCAGUAACAGACCGCUGGGAGAACAUGGGCGGAUGUCAUGUUUGGACGGAGCGCACUCACAGAGGGAACCAAGGCGUGGCGACGGGAGCGCGGAGGAUGUGCGCGUUUCUCUCAUAAUCGUAUGAAGCUGAUUAUGUUUUGAGUGAAUUUGACUCGCGGAGUUUUGCCUCAAUCAGAAACUCUUAGUCGUCGUUGAGUCGAACCGCAGAUGGAGUCGGAGGAGGGAAAGAUCUCCUUGUGGGUCUGCCGGGAGGAGAAGCUUGUCUCCGGGCUCACGAAGCGCACCACCUGCGCCGACGUGGUCAGAGUCCUGCUGGAGGACCAGAACUUGCAGCAGGGCGCCUCGGCGGCGAUGCUGUCUGGCUCCCCCCAGUCCUACUGCGUGGUAGAGAAAUGGAGGGGCUUCGAGAGGAUUUUGCCCAACAAGACCAAAGUCCUCCGGCUGUGGGGCGCCUGGGGGGACGAGCAGGAGAAAGUGCGCUUCGUCCUGGUGAAAAACGAGGCUUCGCUGCCCAACAACGGGCCACGCGGCGCCGAGGCCCGGGUGGUCCAAAGCCGGGAGAGCGGCAGUCCGGGCGGCGGGCUGAAGGGCACCGCCAGGACCUGCUGGACCGCCGCGGCCACGGCCGCCAACCUGUCCCAGGAGAAACAGAGGCGCAUUGUCAGAAAGGCCUUCAGGAAGUUGGAUAAGAUGAACAAAAAAAAAGAGCAGACUGUUUCUAAAGAUAAGGGCUCCGCGGAGAAGAUGAAGACGCUGGUUCACCUGGUGAUCUCCCAGGACCACACCAUCCGCCAGCAGCUCCAGAGGAUCAAGGAGCUGGACCGGGAGAUCGAGCAGUACGAGGCCAAAGUGCACUUCGACCGCAUCAAGAGACACGGGGUGAACUAUGUGCAGGACACAUACAUGGUGGAGUCCUUCUCCUCCUCUUCGGAGACUCCCGCUCCCUCGGACUGUAGGCGGCAGGACGCGCGGCCCACGGCGGAGGCGGUGGCGCAGUUCCAGGACUACGCGCGCCGCUGCGAGGAUGUGGUGCGGCUGCAGGAGGAGCUGACGGAGCGCGAGGCGCUCGUGGAGUGCAUCACCGGAGAGAUCCAAGAGGAGCUCAACCGGCGAUGGAUGAAGAGGCGACGCGGCGAGAGGGAGGCGGACGCAGCGAAGGACGCCGGUGGAAUCACGGAGGAGAUGCGUGCGGCUGUGACUUCCGCCGCCCCAGCUGCGGAGCCAGCUGUGGAGAGCUUUUCCGAAGACGAGUUCACGCUGGAGGAGGAGAGGAUCAAAACGCAGCUGGACACCAGUCUCUACAUCGGCCUAUGGCUGAAGACGGACAUGGACGCCAUCAGGGGUGACCUGGACCUGAGCAUGGCCCUCUGGGAGACCAGAGAGAGUGAACUUCUGGACCUUCUGGCCAAAGUGGAGACAAUGGAGAUUAGCACCCUGAAAGGCGAGGGCGGUGGAGAGCCGGGCCCUGCGGGUGCCGAGGCCAAGCUGGCGUCCGCGGAUAAGAGCAGCGUCUGGGCAAACCAGGCCAGGAGUCUGUCCAAGGCCUGCAACACCAAUGACGACGACUCGGACACGGGCUUGAGCUCCAUGCACAGCCAGGACUCAGACAACCUGCCCGUGUGUGAGUCGCUGGUGUAGACACGUGCUUGUUUGCGUGCAUGUUGGACCAUUUAUGCAGCCGAAAGGUCACAAACUCAGGGGCAGAGAGAGUCAGAGUUACACCAGGGAAAUUGUUCCUCCCUCCUCACAAUGCACCUCAGCAUGGAUACUAUAGCAAUAAUUAAUGUUUGUAGUUGCACAAUAAGCUAGGUGGGGAGGGCAUGCUUAGAGGUCUUAUAGGCUGAGCUGCUCCGUCGCUGCCCUUUGCCCUCCGCAAGGACAGUACCACUUGUUAAGAGAAACAGCCCUAGAGGAGUGAUCUGAUAUGUCACUUGGAAUGUGAGGUCUGCAGUGUUGUCAAACAAUAAACGACACCUUGCUUUUUGUUAGGAUACAGUGUGACUUUCUGCUGAAGCUGCUGAAAGAUAAUAAAGCUGAGCGCUGUACUAUGUGCACAGAGAGGUUCCCUUCAUCAAGAACACCACCUGCAUGCUUAAGUGCUCUUUUUGGUCAGCAACAAAAAACAGAGAUUCUCUGCAGCCUCUUUACAAUCAGAUUCAGUGCCUGUCAGAUACCAGAAGUACUGAUCAAAUUUUUGAUCCGUUUCUGUGGAUUGGAGCGGUAACACUGAUCCGUAUCCUGCUAGCUAAGCAGAGUACAUGGCUUGAUGUUGUCGUCAUUAUGAGUAGUGUCUGUCUUUAAAGCACUAAAAAGUCAUAUUUAUUUAAUAUCUAGAGGUGAGUCAUCUCCUACAUGAUUUGAUACUACUUUUUUGAUACCCUUUUGUUGUCGCAGCUCCUGUUUGGCGGAUUCAUAGGUCUUACUCAACCAUAAACAGGGAGCACAAAAGGAAAGCUUCGCUAACAGUUCAAUAACAGGAAUUACUGCAUCAGGUGGUGCGAGUGAUUGUGUGAGAAAAAUGCAGCCGGCCCAUUCCAUCUCUGUGGUUUGACAGUCUUACACUUCCAGUUAAAUCCUUGUUCUUUAAUAAGACAUGUAUUUAACAGUAUAUGGGGGAGCCAGGAAUUCAAAAACCAUAGUUAGCAUUGAACGUAAUGUGUUUUUCAGUGACCUGCGGUGAGUAAGAGGGCAGGCACUGAGUAAAGGGGGGGCAAAAUGAAAAUGUAAUCUUCGUCAAAGUUGAUAGACGUAAGAGGACUCAGACGCACCGUGGCUGCAUCGCAUCUCCUCUCGGCACAUUGUCUCCCAUGACUGUUAGUGUUGAAAUAUAGAGCAAAAAGACCCUUUUCUCAUGACUUUAUUUUGCAUGACUGACGAGUUUAUGUGUGAGCAGCUCCGUGCCUUCUCACCUCUGUUCAGGGACGGAUUGUCCCCCUGCGGCUAAACAUGUUUUCCUCUCUUUUUUUUUUCUACAUUUCAUGGGUGUUUUUUGGACCUAAUGGUAACUUGUGUAUCUAGUGACUGCAACGCACAACAAUGAAAGCUGUGUGUGUGUGUGUGUGUGUGUGCGUGCGUGUGAGUUUGUAUUGUGCUUAUUAUGUCGUCCUGUCAUGCACGCCAUGCAUAGUUUUUGUUUUUUUUCCACACUCUCCCCAUCGCUCUUGCAGGAUCUCCUGCAUUAAUUAUGACAGGAUGAAACAGAGACUUGGAUGUACGGUAAAGUAAAUCGCGUACAGUCCUCAGGUUACGUUUAUUUCCUUCAGGUGGUGUCCUAAAGGGUCAGUUCACACACAAAAGAGAAAACACAAGCAUUUUCUCUCCCGUCUAAUCAUAACGAAUGUUGUUUUAUCUCUCUUUAUCUUUAGCUUUAUCAAUAUCUGUCUCUGAGGUUUUUACAUCCAGCCAAAAUAAUGGAGGUGAAUGGAAUCUAGUCAAAUUACAUUUUGAUGCCAUGUUAAGGUAAAAUUAGAUAAUCCCGCAGAGGAUUUAAAGCAGUGUGGUCAAAGUGCAAACAAGAGUAAAAAAGUAAGAAACAACAUCAAAACAAAUAUUCUAAAUAUGCAAGGUAAAAAAAAACAAGAAUACACAAUAAGUGAAAUUAAAUA